AUGGAGUCGAUGCUAAUGUCCACGUCGGCGGCUCUUUCCUACCACAAUGCCGCGGACUUUUACCCACGAAAGUUGGGACCCAAGCCCGACGUGGUUCCCUCCGGGGUGACCGAGCGGAAGGUUGGCCCGCCGGACAAACCGGACAUGGUGGCCGUGGACGUCAUCAACGUCAGCGAACACGAGAUGCCGCCGAUGCACAAGAAGAAGCACGACACAUACGUCCUGGGCACCAUUCAUCCCUUCAGGAAGACACACAGGUCGUUUCCUGGGAAACUCCUGCAAGAAUUCCGAUUGGUCACAUCUGACAGACGGUCGUGGAGAAUCGUGCUGUUCGGUUUGCUCAACCUGAUGUGCACCGCCUGCCUCCUGGUGUGGUGCAGCUCCACCAACAGCAUGGCUCUGACGGCGUACACCUACCUCACCAUCUUUGACCUCUUCAGUUUGAUCACAUGUCUGAUCAGCUCCUGGGUGAACAUGAAGAGGCCCAGCCAGGUGUACUCCUUCGGGUUUGACCGUCUGGAGGUUUUGGCCGUUUUUGCCUCCACUGUGCUGGUCCAGCUGGGAGCCUUGUUCAUCCUCAAGGAGAGUGUGGAGCGCUUCAUGGAGCAACCCGAGGUCCAUACCGGUCGGUUGCUGGUGGGAACAUUUGUGGCCCUCUUCUUCAACCUGCUGACACUUCUGUCCGUACGCAACAAACCCUUCGCGUGUGUGUCACAAGCGGCCAGCAGCAGUUGGCUUCAGGAACACGUUGCGGAUCUGAGCAGAAGUUUGUGCGGCGUGAUUCCAGGUCUGAGCAGCGUUUUGCUGCCUCGCAUGAACCCUUUCGUCCUGAUCAACCUGGCGGGGGCGCUGUCCCUCUGUGUCACCUACUUACUCAUCGAAAUUAACGACUACAACGGCGCGGACACCGCGUCGGCGGUGGCCAUCGCCCUCAUGACCUUUGGCACCAUGUAUCCCAUGAGCGUGUACAGCGGAAAAGUGCUGCUGCAGACCACGCCCUCUCACAUCAUCGGUCAGUUAGACAAGCUGCUACGAGAGGUGUCGACGCUGGACGGCGUGCUGGAAGUUCGCAACGAGCAUUUCUGGACGCUCGGGUUCGGGUCUCUGGCCGGUUCGGCCCACGUGCGUAUCCGUCGGGACGCCAACGAGCAACUGGUUCUGGCCCACGUGACCAAUCGCCUGCUGCCGCUGGUGUCCACGCUCACCGUGCAGAUCUUCAAAGACGACUGGACGCGGCCCCUCCUCACGGGGGCGCUCUCCCCGUCCUCGGCGCCGCCCGAAGGAUACGCCGGCCUGUCCUCGCUCCCGGCGCCCGAAGCGGAUCGGCUGACGUCGACUCCCUCCAAGCCCAGCAGCCCGCCGCCCGAGUUUUCCUUCAACACGCCGGGCAGGAACGCUCAGCCCGUGGUGCUCCCGUCCACCGCUCACCGGCACCAACACCCCCACGGGCCAUACGGCGCCGUCCUGGGACUCCGUGCGCCCGGGCUGGUUGGCGGGUACGGACUCGGGUCCUCUCACAACUACAGAACCUUGGGAAGCUCUACCCACCACUACACACAUUACACACCCAAAUGA